GAAUGUACAAGUUAGCGGGGAGAACUAAAGAAAAGGCGUCCCUGGCAAGAAAGGAAAAAAGGAAAUGCUAGCUGCCGGAGGAGAAAAUCAAAAUGAAGGCUGGGACAACCCCGAGCCAGUACCGACAUGUUGGCCUGGUCACCCGCUCGAGCGGCGUCACGCAUACCUCGAUGGGGUGCAGCGCAGUUAAAGGAUCGACCCAGCACACACGACGGGAUUAGAUGGUUGGCUAGGGACAUUUGCACGGCACACAUGCACUCGGAGACAUUUGCCGAGAUACAGCGAAGAAGGGAGUCCAGACGUCCAAUGCAGCGAGGUUGGCCCCUUGACGAAGAUUUUUGGUCCAGGCCAAGCCCGGCGUUAUCUGUGAUCGUGGGUUUCCCAUCCGGUGUUCAACGUUCAAGAGGGGAAUCCUACAACUGUGAAUGGUGGGAAUUUCGGCAGCCGGUCUCGGAAAAUCUUCCGGACAAUUUCCCUCCCCCAACCCCCGGAGGAGCCACCUCGAAUCGGGUGGAUUACGGGGUGCAAUUGGCGGGCAAUGGUGGGGUAUCAUCGCGGGGCAGCGCGACAAGAUGGAUGAAGGGCGGGUGAAUGUAAGAAAGUGACGGAGAAGGAUGCGAGCUCAACAGGUCUUACAGCAGAGGCAUUGAACGGCCAAGACGACAAGAACCGAUUCGAUUUCGGGAAACAUACUCUAUCUCAUGCAGUGCCGUUACCAACACAUCGAUCUGCGACGGGCGGACAGAUGAAGG